AACAAAUGUAAAACAGAAUUUCUGAAGAAACUAGAGCAUCAAAAGCUGAUAGAGGCAGAGAAGAAACGAAUCGCAUAUAUGCGGCAGCAGCAGCUUGAAUCAGAACAGUUUCAAUUCUUCGAGGAUCAACUUAAGAAGCAAGAACUAGCUCGAGAUCAGAAAAUCAAAGAGAGUAUGGUUAUGUCUGAACAGAUAGAUGGAAGUAUGCUAUCUUGUAUUUCUGUACCGGAGAACAGUUCCUUAUCUACUGCACUGCUUGAGAAAAAAGAGAGGAGUGACACGUCUGGCUGCGCUGGACAUUCACCUCCAGUAAACCAGGUCUUAAAGCCAGCGGCUACUUUAAGUGCUGUCCAGACUCAAUUGGCUGAAGCACUCAGAGGCGUCAUUUUGCCCAGGGAUCUCUGUCACAGAUUUCUGCUGCUAGCAGAGGCAAAUACUGUAAGAGGAAUAGAGACGUGUGGAAUUCUCUGUGGAAAACUGACACAUAAUGAAUUUACUAUUACCCAUGUAAUAGUGCCAAAGCAAUCGGCAGGACCAGACUACUGCGACAUGGAGAACGUGGAAGAAUUAUUUGGUAUUCAGGAUCAGUAUGAUCUCCUCACUUUGGGUUGGAUCCACACACAUCCAACACAAACUGCAUUCUUAUCCAGUGUUGAUCUUCAUACUCAUUGUUCUUAUCAGCUAAUGUUGCCAGAGGCCAUUGCAAUUGUUUGUUCACCAAAGCAUAAUGACACUGGCAUCUUCAGACUUACUAAUGCUGGCAUGCUAGAAGUUUCUGCUUGUAAAAAGAAGGGAUUCCAUCCACAUACAAAGGAGCCUAGGUUAUUCAAUCCGUGUAACCAUGUGGUCGGGAAAGACAUAAAGAUAAUUGUGCUGGAUCUGAGGUGAUACGGAUGGACGAUAGCAAUGUCGCUAUAUAAAAGGCCAAAAAAAAAAAAAAGGAUUCCUGUUUUUCCUACAUUUUCAGAAAUUACUUUUAUAUUUAUACAUUUUAGAUUGAAUGGUUUGAUAUUUAUUGCUCUAGGCUGUUUUGGAGUUAUUUUGUUGCUCUGUCAAGAUGGAGUUCAGUGUUCUGUAAACAAAUCUCACCUAUAAACCACAACAAUAAAAUGAACUUCAAAC